AUGUGUGAUUCCAACAAGCCCUUGAGAUAUGUUGAUAUCGGAAUCAACCUUGGUGACCCUGUAUUUCGAGGAGAAUAUCACGGCAGGCAGGUUCAUGAAAACGACCUUGAUGAUAUCAUUCAGCGUGCCCGUGAUGUGGGGUGCACGAAGUUCAUGGUGACUGGUUCAGAUCUAGUAGAGUCUCGGCAUGCUGUUCAGCUUGCUCAGAGUUACCCCGGUUUCUGUUACGCAACUGUUGGUGUUCAUCCAUGUCAAGCAAAGCUCUUCGACGAAUUUCCUGGCGGUCCAGAGAAGAUGCUGGAGGAGCUGAAAUCUCUGGCGCUGGAAGCAAAAGAUGCCGGGCAUGCUGUUGCAUUCGGUGAAAUCGGUCUAGAUUACGACCGACUGUUCCUCAGCGCCAAAGAACCUCAGCUGAAAUAUUUCGAAGCUCAACUGGAUCUUGCUGUGGAAAUACAGCUCCCGCUCUUCCUUCAUUCCAGAGCUGCCAGUGAGGAUUUUGAGAAGUUGCUGGCUCCUAGGCUGGAGAAACUUCCCAAGAAAGGCUUGGUGCACAGUUUCACCGGGACAAUGGAGGAGAUGAAACGGAUCGUGGCACUGGGUUUGGACGUCGGUGUCAACGGAUGCAGCCUGAAGACGGAAGAGAACCUGGAGGUGGUGAAAGCUAUCCCACUCGAUCGAAUCCAGAUAGAGACAGAUGGCCCAUGGUGCGAGAUCCGGCCCUCGCACGCAUCUUCCAAGUACCUGGAGGGUGCACCCGCGUUGCCCAAGGCAGUCAAGAAGGAGAAAUGGCAGAAAGGACUCAUGGUCAAGGGCCGCAACGAACCCGUUGCGAUAGCCCAUGUCGCCCACGUCAUCGCUAAAUUAAAAGAUAUGACCGUGGAGGAGGUUUGCGAGGCAACGCGUCGAGCAGGCGAGAGGUCUCGUCUUAGAGAAACAUCAUUCGAAUCUGAGAUCAUCCACACUGAAAAGUUGCCUACAAACUUCGGAGAGGUUGUCAAAGGCGUCUAUAGAAGCUCUUUUCCGCAACCUUGGCAUUUCCAAGCACUAAAGAAGCUGGGCCUCAAGAUGAUUGUUACAUUUGUUGAAGGAGAAUACACUCAGGAUUACCAGGUCUUUCUCAAAGAGAACGGUAUCGAGCAUCGUCGCAUUCUUAUCCUGGCGAACAAGGAUCCCAUGGUUCGCACCCCAGACGAUGUUGUGAAUCGAGUCCUGGAAAUUAUACUCAACAAAGCAAAUCACCCACUCCUUCUGCACUGCAACAAGGGAAAGCAUCGGACUGGAUGCAUUGUCGGCUGCUUUCGGAAGGUUCAGGGCUGGGACAUGCCAGCUAUUCGUAAGGAAUACAUCCAUUUUUCCUGGCCAAAGUCAAGGCCCCUUGACGAAGGAUUCAUUGAACUUUUCGAUGAGACCAGACUCAGACCUCUCGCUGUUACUUCGGGUGCAAUCUCAUGGCCUGCCGGCGUCAUACUCAAUCCGCUUCGCGAAGAAAUUGUCGAGGACGAGAAUACCCCGAGAAGCCGUAGACAGUCUUCUGGCAGUGUAUUACACAAGUCCGACGCUAUCUGA